CUCAAUUGUUGAAGGUGAGGUUCGUCGUUACUGCCCCGGUAACAUGUGGUCUAGUCUAUGCAACAUACUGAAUGUGUACCAAGCAGGCAGUUACGACAGUAAUUCCCUAUUCGUUCGUCGUCAUCAGCAAUUAUUGUCCAACUUUUGCGGCCAGUAGCCACUUCUACUUCCGCCUGGACAUGGUUGGUGGCUUCUCUGGAGGCCCGUCGUGCCACGGGAGCAAUCACUAUCUCGAGGUCGAGCCCGAUUCUGGCACUACAUCAAAAUUGACCGCUUUAAAGCAGCUUAAUUUCAGAGCCAUGAGGAGUGAAAAUGUCGACAAUGUCGUCGAUUGACGGUUCCAUUGCAGGUUGGGGCAGUAGCAACCCUAAUAUUGGCCCAUGGUCUUGGCAUAGACUUUGUCCAUGACUCGUGCGCACAAUUUCGACGACCGAACCCCACCGCUGGCGCAAAUAUUAAGCCCACACAGAAGACCCACUAAAUACUGUAGACGUGACGCCUCUCACUGUUGUUGGACUCUCCGC